CGGCAAAAACUGACCAAAAGAGGACAAAUAGAAUGCAAAUCACCAAUAAUAUCCCCACGUCUCGUAGCUUUAGCUAGUGGCUAAUGUUUGUCUACCCGUUUUAGGACAAUUGUCAAAGGACUCGCUUCAAUUAACUCUGUCACUCCGCAGUUGUGGUUCCAAAGGCAACAAAAGAGUGCGCCUUGUUGUGUUGAACGCGCGUGCGCGCGCGGCGUCGUGUACUUUUCGUCUUUUGUGCUGAGCAUUUGCUUUAAUACUUGUGGAGUUUUCUUUCCCAACAACAAGCCGAGUGUUUGUUGUCUUACGUAACGUCACGCCGCCGAGCUCUCGGAUUUACCAGCAGAGCCCGCCCCUUUUUACAGGAUGCGCCAUAUUUGGAAAAUGACGUCCUGGGAGAUCCCGGAGCGGAAUCUUCCAUUCCCUGGAAGCGGGAGGCGCAUUCGCGCUAAAAUGUCCUUUUUCGGGCCCGAUUGCGCUUGAGAUUUCAUUUCAGCGCGACUCUUUCCAAUGUGAAACGUUUUUGGAGGACGGCGUCGUGCGGUGUGAUAACUUGACGUUUUCUUGCGGCUUUCUGUUUUCCCCCCCGGGUGUCUCCCCGCCGCGCUCCUUCCCCGCCCGCUGCCUACGUCAUUCGCGCGGCCCGCUGCCACUAUAAAAGGGCCGCCCGCAGACUCGGCAGCCAGUUCAGUUCACUCGCGAUCUGCUUCUAACCGAGACAAAGCGGGACGAGCCUUUUGGAGCUUCACUCUUUUCUACUCACUUCGUCAAGCUUACCUUCGCAAGCCUUUCGCGGCAGGGAUUUCCCCGAGUUUGCCUUUUUGGAAGUCGGUGCCGGAGCGAUGAUGUUCAAUGUAUUCAAGCCGGAGUGCGACUCGCCCUCCCGGUGCAGCACCGCGUCGCCGGCCGCCGACAGCAACAGCAACGUCGGCUACUACCAAGCGUCCCCGGCCGGAUCUUACUCCAGCGUGGGCUCGCCGCAAUCUCAGGAUUUCACCGAGCUGAGCACCUCGUUCGUCCCCACGGUGACGGCCAUCUCCAGCAGCCCCGACCUGCAGUGGCUGGUGCAGCCGCUCAUCUCCUCGGUGGCCCCCUCGCGCCGGGCGCACCCCUUGGCCUCCAGGCCCAGCCCCGCCUGCCCCAGGGGCUCGCUGAAGCUGUCGGCGUCGCGCCCGCACAGCGCCACCAAGAGAGGCCGGAUGGAACAGAUUUCAGCCGAAGAGGAAGCAAAGAGGAAAAUUCGCCGGGAGAGAAACAAGCAGGCGGCCGCCAAAUGCCGCAACAGGAGGCGGGAGCUGACCGACACUCUCCAAGCUGAAACCGAUCAGCUGGAGGAUGAGAAGUCCAGCCUUCAGAAGGACAUCGCCAACCUCCUGAAGGAGAAGGAGCGUCUGGAGUUCAUCCUGGCUGCCCACCGGCCGGUUUGCAAAGUCCCCGCCGAGCCGGACUCGGACUUCUCGCCGGCCCGCUCGUGCGCCUCGGCCGAGCCCGCCGUCUCCGGCCCCGGCUCGCUCUUCGCCGCCGACUCCGGCAACGCGCUCGGACUGAGCGACUUGGACGCCUGCGUGCUGGAGGAGUCCCUGGACCUGCUGAGCAAGACGGAGAUGGAGCGCUCGGUGCCCGAGGCGGACCUGUCGGCCUCGCUGUGCGGCGCUCAGGACUGGGAGCAGCUGCACCCGUCGGUGACCAGCGGCGACUUUGAGCCGCCGCUGUGCACGCCGGUGGUCACGUGCACCCCCGCGGCCACGGCCUUCGCCUCGUCCUUCGUGUUCACCUUCCCCGAGAGCGACGCCUUCCCCGGCUGCGGCGCGGCCCACAGGCGGGGGAGCAGCGGCAACGAGCAGUCGUCCGACUCGCUGCACUCGCCCACGCUGCUGGCCCUUUAAGACGCUUCAAGACCCCUCGCGGGACGGUGACUGAAAAGCCCCCAGCCCGUCCCCACCUGACUUCCAAAAGAGCACACCAUCGAUCUCCGCGUAGGAGCUGACAGGGCUACGGACGCUUGUUUUGGAAUCGAUCUGCCUUUUUACCCUGUAGCAUGUUGCAACUAUGACGACGAGUUUGAUUUUGUUUUGAAAGGUGCUACUUAACCGAGCGUCAUCAUCCUAGUGGGUUUUUUUCUGUCCACUUUGAGGAGCCAUAUGUGAGGGGGGGACCCCCCCCCCCCAAAAAAAAACUGACAUCUUUAACCAUUGUCCCAGGUGGUCUGUCCUGAACUUGAUCAUGUGUAUGAAAGUUUUCUGUGAAAACAACACACGUCAUAUUUCUUUUUUUUCUUUAAUUUUAUUAAUUUAUAAGAUUUGACUUUAUUUUUUUACAACAGAAGCGAACAAAACGGGUCAGUGUGAAUGUUUGUGAGGUGAGUGUGUCUAUAUAGAUGGAAAUAAAGCAUUGUUUAAAUUGA